CGUAUAACCAAUUAGCCAAUCAGAUUUAAGCUACGUUGAAAAGAUGGCGGACUUCGUCAUUCGUAGUUGUUUUAGACGAAAGUUAAAAACUUGUUAUUUUUCUAACCAAAACCAAGGAUUGCUGCAAAAAGAGCCCUGGGAUUGAUCAACAGCACAUUGUUUUCUUGGAUAAAUGUUAUUUGAAACAGACAGGGAUAAAACAAAGAAUUGAAACACAGAAUACGAUUGAUUCGAACGAAGUGAUGUCAACAUCAACAAUAACAUCAACAGAAAAAUAACGUUUUCCAAGUAUAAAUUGCGGUACGUACCGAGUUUAAGAAGAUACAAGAAUUAAUGCAUUUGGCGUUAUUCUGUUACUUGCGAAAAAAUGUCCAUCAGACUGAAAGUACGCUUCAAAUAAGUGGGCUGGGCCGUUCUAUGUUUGUGACUUCUGAAGUUACAAAGUAUAUUAUUUUUUAUCGUUGUUCGUUUUAAAAACGUUAAAUUAAAAUGUCGUUACAUAAGUACAUCACUCAAAGACAAAUCGUAAAAGAAAGACUGUCAAGGAAAUCUGUGACAGACAUUGUGACAAGAAAAAUACCAUAUUUACUGAAGCCCACAAAAAUAUCACUGGAGCAAUCUGACAAAGUGUUUGCGUCCCAGUGGCUUGAUGAACAGAAAGUAGUUUGUGGCACUAAAUCAAAUCAGCUUUAUGUGAUUGACAUGAAGACUAAAAAAAGGGUGAAUAUACCAACCCUUGAGGGGAGUGAGGAAAGUGUCAUGCCUGAUGUGUCCACGGGUAUCCAUGAUAUCCAGAUAAAUGAGAAAAAGCUGCUCGCAACCAGUGGUGAAAACCCCAACCACCUAGCAGUGUACAGGAUACCAACAUUUGACCCAGUCUGUGUUGGAGAGGCACAUACUGAUUGGGUGUUUGCGACUGAAUGGAUAGACGAUAAUCAUGUUACAACAGGAUCUAGAGAUGGCUCCAUUGCAUUAUGGGAGAUACCAGUCAUGUGCAGUGCCACACCCGCUAGCAGCCUUCCCGGAAUAAGACCCCCAGUGAUCGCCCCUCUGAGUACACUGAAGAGCAAUCUCUCGACCAACAGAAUCAGGGAUCUCGCCUUUAACAACAAGACGGGGCACCUUGCAGCUUUAUCACCACUGGCAUUUAUCCACAUCUGGGACAUGAUCUCAGAGAAGCAAGUAGAGGUAGUCCCACUACCCUUCCACCAUGAGAACGUAUGCCUGGCCUUUCAGGAGGAGUGCUCACUCUACGCAGUUGGCUCGCAGUCACACGUGUCACUCCUUGAUGCGAAGACCUCAAAGCCCAUACACAAUGUCAUGACCAAUGACAUAGGAGCAGGUGUACGCUCCGUGAGCUUUAAGGACAUGAUGGUCACUAUAGGGACAGGCCACGGCUCCGUUUAUUUCUACGACAUUAGAGCGAACAGGUUCCUUUCUAAGCCGACACAGGAGCUGUUCUACCUACGAUCUGGCAAAGGCUGGCUGCGUCCAGAUAGCACGCUGUUUGACUACUUCACGGACCAAGACACGGAAUGUUUCCGUAACGCAAUCUACACGCACUGCUAUGACCCGACAGGAACCAAGUUAUUUACCGCGGGAGGACCGCUAGCCCUUGUCCUGUACGGGAAUUAUGCAGCGCUUUGGGAAUAGUGAAUAGGCCAGGGCAGCGUUAUAGGAAUCAGUUUAUCAGAGAUAAAGACUUCAGUGUGUUGUCAUUCAUACAUACAUCUAAAAACCUGAUUGAAGUAUUAGGGGUAUCAACUUCUCGGUUCUUAUGUGAUGGUAACUCUUGAUAGUUCUCGCUGGAAUCCGUGAUAUUUUAUUAGAUAAUAUAAAUAAUAUCUAAGUUAUAUAUUUUUAAAGAACAAGAAAAUGAGGUACAAGCCAUGAUAUUUUGUUCCUGACUAUGUAUUGUAAUAAACUAAGUUUCUUUGC